UUCCACGUGCGCAAAAAAAAAGGGCCUUUACUUUAGUUAAUUUUUAUCCAAAUGAGAAACAGAUGAGGUUUGAUUUGGUAAAUGAAGUAAAACUCGGGUUAAAAUUUGAAUGGCUCUUUAGAAAAUAUAUGCAGUCUUCCAAGCAGAAAGAAAAACGUUUCUGCAUUUUGUGUUGGACUACUUUGGACCGAAUCAGACACUAAUGCUUUCAGCUGGUGCAUAAUAUAAUCCACUGUGUCACUUUCCUUGGUAAUUGCAUGAACUUUGUUUGUGAAAGAAAAUAAUUAAUUCAUGUCAUUCACAUAAUGGACGUAAAGUUUAGUACUCCCUGUCCGUCACAGAUAGAAGAUAACUGCUACCAGGGAAACAGGUGGAUUAUAAAAUGUUCAGGAGGGAUGUUCAGACUCACAGCAUCACCACGACUGCAGGUCUCUCGAGCAGGUCCCAAAUGAUGCCGUUGCUCACCACGGAGAAUGCGGUGUUCACCUGCUGGAUGCUGUUUCUGCUGUUCAGCCCAGCUGUUCCCCUGUGUUUACCCACUGACUUCACCCUGUAUGUGGAGAAGCCAGAGUGUGACUACUGUGUGGCAAUCAACACGACCAUCUGCAUGGGAUUUUGCUACUCAAGGGACAGCAACAUGAGGGAUAUACUCCGCCCACGCUUCCUUAUCCAGAGAGGCUGUACCUAUGACAAGGUGGAAUACCGUGCAGCCAUACUGCCCGGCUGUCCCGUCGACGCCAACCCCGUCUUCACCUACCCGGUGGCUCUCAGCUGCCACUGUGGUGCCUGCAGGACUGACAGCGAUGAGUGCGCACACAGGACCAGCGUGGACGGGGCUAGGUGUAGCAAACCAGUACGACGUAUCUACCCAUACCCUGGCCAGAGCAACUACAUGAUCCCUUUCUGAUUCCUCUGUUAUCAGCUUUUGUCUAUUUUGUUGUUAAAAUGACCAACUGCAUGAUUCAUGAAUGUUUUUAGAAGAGACAAACGUCAUUCUUUAGUUUGUGAUGGAUACGCUGUUAUCUAGACUGUCUGUACCGGUACCUAUUGUUCCAGCCUGUUUUAUUGUGUCUUUGUUUCCCAACGUGUCUGUGCUGCGGGCCUGCUUCUCAGUUUACAAUGCGGUGUUGAUCCUGAUGCAUAUUUUUGGCAGUGUCAUUAUUUAUCCUCCUGUACACUCAUGUGUGUGUGAUU